AUGAUGACAAUGACGAGGAAGAUUCAAGCGCGCCAAAAACUGAGGGUGGGCUGGAUGAAUCAGCCAAGCCUGAUGAUGAUGAACUAGAUCCACUUGACGCCUAUAUGCAGAGCGUGCACAACGAAGUAAGAAAUCUAACCGAAACAACCAGAGGUCCCUUAAAUGAAAAUUCUCGAUUUAAGAACGAGCCCCCUGAAAUUCACCUACCUGAUAACUAUUCUGCGGAGAAUGUUUCUGAAUCAGUUGAAGAACCAAAUGAGAUUUUAUCUGUCUCGAUUACAGAGGAAAAUGCAGAUAUCAAAAAGGAGGAAGUCGUCGUUCCCAAUACAAUGGGUUCGGAUUCAUCUUCAAUUGAAACUCUCAAAGCUGAUCUGCACAUGACCCCACUUGAUACAUUGAAGGUUUUGAAUUCAGUUUUGGGCAAAAGACGCAAAGCAGUACCAAUAGGAACUAAACUAGUUGUGAGACCACAUGAAAAAGGUGAAUUAAUGGAAUCUAAUAUCGAUGAACUUGAAUAUUCAUCAGAAGAAGAAGAGGAAUCCAUUGCUGAUACGAUAGCGAAUAUGCAAAAAAAAGAUAAACUACUUCCAAUUGAUCACUCGAAAAUGAAUUAUGCUCCUUUUAGAAGGAGCUUUUAUGUUGAAGUUCCUGAAAUUACUCGAAUGACAAAAGAGGAAGUGAGAAACUAUCGAAAAUCAUUAGAACAUAUUCGGAUCAAGGGUAAAAAUUGUCCUCGUCCAAUUAAAACCUGGGUGCAAGCCGGUGUCAGUUCAAAGUUAUUAGGGUGCCUCAAACGGAGUGGAUUUGAGAAGCCAACUCCAAUACAAUGCCAAGCACUACCUGUAAUUAUGUCUGGUCGUGAUAUGAUCGGAAUAGCUAAAACUGGCAGUGGAAAAACUCUCGCCUUUCUGGUUCCUCUUCUUCGUCAUCUUGAACAUCAGCCACCCUUAGAACAAGGUGAUGGCCCUGUUGCAUUGCUUAUGACUCCAACCCGUGAACUCGCCCUGCAGACUUACCGCGAAGCCAAGCGUCUUAGCCAAGAGGCUUUGGCGAUUCACGUUGUGUGUGUUUACGGUGGGACAGGAAUCAGUGAACAGAUUGCUGAGCUAAAACGUGGUGCUGAAAUUAUCGUUUGUACUCCCGGACGCAUGAUUGAUAUGCUUGCUGCAAACGGGGCUUCCUAA